AUGUCGUCGUCGUCGGGGGAGCCGCAAAAAAGCCGACGAGUGUCCAGCAACCUGUGCCGGAGCGCGUCCGCGUCGCUCGGCCACCUGGACAGGCGCCGCGGCGAUGGCAGUGGCACGAUGACGGCCGGAAGUUGUGACGACGGUUGCGGAAACGCGUCAACCGUCGGUGGCCGCGACGACGACGAUUACGGCCAUGGAGGCCACGAUUACGGUCACGAUGGCCACGUUUGCGGUCACGGAGGCCACGGUUACGGCCACGGAGUGUGCGACGGCGGGUCCACAUCCGGCGGCGGUGGCCACGUCCUCCGCCGUCACCAGUCAGAGUUUGGGUCACUGAACUGCCUGCACAACAGGCCUCGCACGCUUAUGGAGUCGCUGCUCAUCGCCAAAAUGGAGAGGGCCUCGCUCAACGGCGGCGGUGGUCACCAGUACGGCUCGCACCCGUCACUGGUGCGCACCGACUCGAUCGGCUCGACCAGCUCUCUGGACUCGAUGUCGUCGAUGAGCAGUGAUUUGUGUCGGUGCGACGACUGUCUGCUGGGCAUCUCCGACCUGCUGUACAUCAACACUUCCGGGUACGAGGGACGCCGCAGAAAGGUACGCCAUCUGCUCAUACAUAAAAAUUAUAUUAAAAUAUUAUAG